UGACAUCCUCCCAUUCUCACCGCGCAUGCGAGGCUCAGUGAGCGCGCAGCGCGGCGAUCGGUGGUGCGCUGUGUCCUUCAGACACAGCGGAUCACCGAUCCACGAAAAGAGCUGAAGAUCAGUGCCACCUGUCAGUGUCCAUCAGUGCCUUUUGUCAAUGCUCACCAGUGCCUUGUGCCAGUGCCCAUCAGUGCCACAUCAAUGCCACAUAUCAGUGCCUACCAGUACACAUCAAUGCCAUAUAUCACAGUGCCCAUCUGAGCUGCCUUUCAGUGUCACCCAUCAGUGCCAGUCAGUGCCACCUAUCAAUGCCAAUCAGUGCUACCUAUCAGUGCUGCCAGUCAGUGCCGCCUAUCAGUGCCAGUCAGUGCCGCCUAUCAGUGCCAGUCAGUGCCGCCUAUCAGCGUCGCCAUAUAUCAGUGCCAUGUGUCAGUGCUGCCUUUCAGUGCUCAUCAUUGAUGCUUGUCAAUGCCAUCAGUGCCACCUACCAGUGCCUCCUCAUCAGUGCCCAUCAGUGCCACCUAUCAGUGUGUCCAUCAGUGCAGCCUAUCAGUGCCCAUCACUACAGCCUCAUUAGCGCACAUUAGUGAAGGAGAAAAAAUCACUUAUUUACAAAAUUUUAUAACAAAAACUAAGAAAAA